AUGGCUCAAGACGGUGAGCCCGCUCGCGAUGUCAAGAACCAUCUUCUCUUUGAGAUCGCGACCGAGGUAGCCCACAGAGUUGGUGGCAUUUACUCCGUCCUUAAAUCCAAGGCUCCUGUGACGACUGCCGAAUAUGGCGACAGAUAUACCCUCAUCGGGCCUCUGAACCACCAAUCGGCAGCAGUCGAGGUUGAAGAGAUGGAGCCCACCAACCCAGCAAUCUCGCUCACAAUGGCAUCCAUGAAGGAGCGCGGAAUUGGUAUCAUCUACGGCCGAUGGCUGAUUGAGGGCGCGCCCCGGGUAAUCCUCAUCGAUACCAAAACAGCCUACGGGUACAUGGAUGAAUGGAAGGCGGACCUCUGGAACGUCGCCAGCAUUCCCUCCCCUCCGGGCGACGAGGAAACCAACGAGACGAUCAUUUUCGGAUAUUUGGUCGCUUGGUUUCUUGGAGAGUUCGUCUGCCACGAAAAGUCCAAGGCCGUGAUUGCCCACUUCCACGAGUGGCUGGCAGGUGUUGCGCUACCACUGACCAAGAGGCGCAAGAUCGAUGUGACCACCAUCUUCACUACCCAUGCAACCUUGCUGGGACGAUAUCUCUGUGCCGGAUCCGUGGAUUUCUACAACAACCUUCAAUGGUUUGAUGUCGAUGCCGAGGCUGGAAAACGUGGCAUCUAUCAUCGAUACUGUAUUGAAAGGGCUGCCGCCCACUCCUGUGACGUCUUCACUACGGUUUCCCACAUCACUGCCUACGAGUCAGAACACCUCCUCAAGCGUAAACCUGACGGGGUUCUGCCAAAUGGAUUGAACGUGACCAAGUUCUCAGCAGUGCAUGAGUUUCAAAACCUCCAUCAACAGGCCAAGGAAAAAAUCCAUGACUUCGUGCGGGGGCAUUUUUACGGACACUACGACUUCGAGCCCGACAACACCCUCUACGUGUUCACCGCCGGUCGAUACGAGUUCAGGAACAAGGGAGUGGACAUGUUUAUUGAAUCUCUUGCCCGGCUCAAUCAUCGUCUAAAGGACGCCGGGAGCAAGAUAACGGUCGUGGCUUUUAUUAUCAUGCCAGCACAGACUACUUCAUUGACUGUUGAAGCUCUGAAAGGCCAAGCUGUGAUCAAGUCACUCAGGGAUACCACCCAUGUCAUUGAGCAAAGCAUUGGACGACGUAUCUUCGAACGAUCACUCAAGUGGCAUGAGGGUGACCCGAUGCCUGACGAGAAGGAACUGAUUUCUAGCCAAGACAGAAUUCUCCUACGACGCCGCCUUUUCGCAAUGAAGAGGCACGGCCUGCCCCCGAUUGUCACCCAUAACAUGGUGAACGACCAUGAAGACCCUAUCCUGAAUCAAAUUCGGAGGGUCGAACUUUUCAAUCAUCCCUCUGACCGCGUCAAGGUUGUCUUCCAUCCCGAGUUCCUGAACUCGGCCAACCCUGUCUUGCCACUUGACUACGAUGACUUUGUGCGAGGAUGCCACAUGGGCAUUUUCGCUUCUUACUAUGAGCCCUGGGGAUAUACGCCAGCAGAAUGCACGGUUAUGGGUGUUCCAAGUAUUACUAGCAAUCUUUCUGGCUUUGGAUGCUACAUGGAGGAACUCAUUGAGAAUUCCAGUGACUACGGAAUUUACAUUGUGGACAGGCGAACCAAGGGCGUUGAUGACUCAGUGAACCAGCUCGCCUCGUACAUGUUUGACUUCUGUGGCAAGAGCCGACGUCAACGUAUCAAUCAGAGAAACCGCACGGAGCGUCUCAGUGACCUUCUGGACUGGAAACGAAUGGGAAUGGAGUAUGUCAAAGCUCGACAGCUCGCUCUGCGCCGGGCCUACCCCGAUUCAUUCAUCGGGGAUGAUGAAGAAGGGGACUUUAUCCCUGGUGUCGAUGUGAAGAUCUCUCGGCCAUUCUCAGUUCCAGGAUCACCCAGGGAUCGAAGUGGGAUGAUGACACCCGGCGACUUUGCUAGCCUCCAGGAGGGCCGCGAAGGGCUGAAUACGGAGGACUAUGUCGCAUGGAAAUUGCCUGAAGAAGAGGAUCCGGACGAGUAUCCCUUCCCCCUGACCCUUCGUCACAAGCAGCCCGAGAUUGAAGAAGGCGAAGCUCCCGGACCUCAGACCAGUGACUAA